CACGCACUUGGAAUUACAGUAGUAGCAAUAAAAGGACAGUGAGAGUGAUCAGCGAGACAUACUUAAAGUUGAUGCAAUUUUUUUGUGAUGGAAAGGUCAAUGUUAUGACCAUAAAAGUGGAUGACCAAAGUGAAGAUGGGAAGUUAAGGAUAAAAUUGAGGAGCUGAGGGACCCAAACUGCCUUCUUUCUCAGGAAUGGAAGAAGAUGCAGAUUAUAGAGUCGGGUUUAGUAGCCUGUAUUCCAUUCAUGAUCACCUUGGAUUUCAGGGUACUAUAAAGAACUCACCAAGUGACUUUAUUGUUAUUGAGAUUGAUGAACAGGGGCAGUUAGUCAAUAAGGCUAUGGAUGAAUAUUUUCUGGAAGUUAGUAAAAUACUACCUGAGCCAAAAAAUAUUGCCAAGAAACCUAAACUUGAUUUUCAAACUGGAACCUUUGAUGCCAGAAGUAAUCAAGAAGUUACUGGCUUGGCUAGGUUCUCCUCUGGUGAGCCCAAUCUUCAGUCUGACUCAAGAAAAGAAGACAGUACCAGUGAUGGGACGACUUCUACCUGGGAGGAAGGAAAAGCUGAUCUAUUAAGCUCUUUUUUAGAUGAGAAAACUAAUGAACAAUUGAGUCAGUUUGCCCUAGAGAUAAAAGAGCAGUGGAAUUUGAAAAGGGAGUCAGUGGAAGCCUCUCCAGAAUUGUCACUGGGCAGAUUCCUUGAGAAAAACCAAAGGGCUGCCCUACACAGCGUUGUCAGGCAGACGUUUCCUUUCUUAAUCACCGUCGGCAAAAACAGUGAGAUUGUUGUCAAACCUAAUCUUGACUAUAAAGAACUGUGUUGUUUGGUGUCUGAAGAGGAAGCACUUGACUUUUUUAAGUACUUGGAUGCAAAGAAAGAAAAUUCGAAAUUCACAUUUAAACCCAAUACAAACAAAGAUCAUAGAAAAGCUGUGCAUCAUUUUGUCAAUAAGAAAUUCGGGAAUCUGGUAGAAACCAAAUCAUUUCCUGAAGAGAAUUGCAAGAGUGGGAAUAAUCGAAAUGUAAUAACAGUAAGAUUUCGGGAGAAGGUACACAGAUCUGAAAAAAGAGCUCUUCUUCAAGGCCAAGAAAGGAAAGUUGUAUAUACAGCUUUUACCCUACGAAAGGAAAACCUGGAGAUGUUUGAAGCACUUGGUUUUUUAGCCAUGAAACUUGGAGUGAUUCCUUCGGAUUUUAGUUAUGCAGGCCUUAAAGAUAAGAAAGCUGUCACGUAUCAGUCAAUGGUGGUUAAAAAAGUGAAUCCAGAAAGGUUGAAAAGUGUAGAGAAAGAAAUGGAAAAGAAAAGGAUGAGCGUUUUUAACAUUCGACCUGUGAAUGAUCCCCUUAGACUUGGUCAGCUCAAAGGAAAUCACUUUGAUAUUAUCAUCAGAAAUUUACAAAAUCAAACCAAUGAUUCUGCAAACUUGAGGGAGAGAAUUUUGGAGGCAAUAGAAAAUGUUAAGCAUAAAGGCUUUGUGAAUUACUAUGGACCACAAAGAUUUGGGAAGGGAAGGAAAGUUCACACAGACCAAAUUGGAUUAGCUUUGCUGAAGAGUGAAAUGAUGAAGGCAGUAAGAUUAUUUCUUACACCUGAAGACCUGGAUGAUCCUGUAAACAAAGCAAAGAAAUAUUUUCUUCAAACUGAGGAUGCGAAGGGUACGCUGUCAAUGAUGCCCGAGUUCAAAUUUCGAGAAAGGGCACUGCUGGAGUCACUGCAUCGCUUUGGCAUGACAGAGGAGGGCUGCACGCGGGCCUGGCUCUCUUUUCCCCACUCCAUGCGCAUCUUUUACGUCCAUGCCUACAGCAGCAAGAUUUGGAAUGAGGCUGCAUCUUACAGACUUGCCAUCUACGGAUGCAGGGUGGUGGAGGGCGAUUUGGUGUGUUUAGAGGAAGAUGUGAAUGACCAUUUCUCCAGUAGUAAAGUUCAUCUGGUGACUGAAGAAGAGGAAUCAGCUAAUACAUAUGCAAUGUACCAGGUGGUUCUGCCAGUUCUUGGAUACAACAUUCUAUACCCAAAGAAUAAAGUAGGCCAGUGGUACCAGGAAGUGCUUAGCCACAAUGGACUUCAGGCAUGCCGUUUUAAAGUACCAACUCUCAAACUGAAUGUACCAGGAUGCUACAGACAGGUUCUGAAACGGCCCCACAACCUGACGCACCAGCUACAGGGAGAUGGUGAUGCUGCUGUGGAGAUAGAAGCAGAUGCAUCCCUUGCCCUUGCCUUUGAUCUGGAUGCUUCCUGUUAUGCUACAGUUUGCUUGAGGGAGAUAAUGAAACAUGAUGUUUAAAGCAGAUACCCUUGAAUCAUCAUACACUGACAGGGUUGUGUUUUUUUUUCCCUGUGUGCCAGUACUGGGACUUGAACUCAGGGUGUGGAUACUGUCUAGUAGCUCUUGUGCUCAAGGCUGGCACUCUACCUAUUGAGCCAAAGCCCCACUUCUGACUUUUUGCUGGUUAAUUGGAGAUACAAGUCUCAUGGAGUUUUUUUGUCCACAUUGGCUUUCAGUUGCAGAUCUCAGCCUUCUGCAUAGCCAGGAUUACAGGCAUGAGCCACUGACACCCGGUUUACAUGUACCACUCGGCCCAGGAACAUUGUAAUUGUCUCUUUUUAACUUUUAUAACAUCCUAAUAAAUUGUUAUUUGAUGUUUCAAAGUUCCCAAGGGCAUA